GUGACGUUUAUAAAUAUGUUAGCGACACAACAUAUCUUUCACAAUUAUUAUUCCAUUGUUCUGAGUUAUGCCCUGACAUUAUGUCACCAAAAUUUGCCAUCACUGGCGGUAUAGGUUAGUCACGUGCAACUAAAAACACUCAUCUGGGACUAUAACGACCGUGUUUGUGUUUCCCAUAUUUACACAAUUAAUGAUGUUCACACAGCUUCCCCAAGUUCCCCAUUUUUUUGCUUCAACAGCUGCAAAAAGGAUUGAAAACCACAUGUAGACUGCAUUUGUACAAUGCUUGCCACACUUUCUGUUCACAACAAUCGUGAGUAGGAAAUAAGCCUUCUAUUUAGAAACUCAGUGGAACGACCGUGCUGGUACACAUUCUGCAGCUCGCUGUUUGUGACCUAUAACCCACGUGCAUAAAACGUACACGUACAUGUAUAAUGAUCACAACACAAUUGCAUGGAGGCACCAUUUUGUCUGCAUUUACACCGUGUCCUUUGUGCAGCGGUGAAUUGCAGAAAGCUUACCCAUUUGAUGAUCAUCUGCCGCCGUUGAAGCAGGUCGUGUUUGCUCUUUCAGAAUUCACUGUUCCUUGCUGCUUAGACUACUCUGUCUUUUCUCGAUAGUAUCCAGCUAUGCCUACCGUUUAACUUACUGCGAAUGAACCAUCUCAAUGACUGUGUGUACACAAUACAGAAUCGUCAUGUGAUGAAUUGUAGAGGUUAUAGUGCAAAUGCUGUUGACGUGGAUCUUGCACCCGGUCUAAUUUGAUUUAUCCAAGGAGGUUCAACAAUCGCUGAGAUAAUGUACAGACGACUGAAAUCCUAUGCUCCAUGUUUUUCGUGCAUCCUGUGUCUAUUGAUAUUACUCCUUAUGAUCAGCACGAAUCAUCGUAUAGCCUGCAAAAAGCCUAACAUCAUCUUCAUCUUGGCUGACGAUUAUGGUUUCCAUGACAUCGGUUACCAUGGUUCCGAGAUCAAAACGCCCAACCUGGACAGGUUGGCUGCUGAGGGUGUGAAACUAGAGAAUUAUUACGUUCAGCCCAUCUGCACACCAACAAGAAGCCAGCUAAUGAGUGGAAAAUACCAGAUCCACACUGGUUUGCAGCAUGGAGUCAUCACGCCAGAAAUGCCCAGCUGCCUUCCCCUCGACGACGUUACAUUAGCUGAGAAGUUAAAGGAGUUGGAAUACGCGACUCAUGUGGUUGGCAAGUGGCAUUUGGGAAUGUACAAGAAAGCUUGUUGGCCGACUCGUCGUGGAUUCGACUCUUAUUUCGGAUAUUUGCUCGGUAAGGAGGAAUAUUUUACCCAUAAACGAAAUGGUUCACUGGAUUUUAGAGACCAAGAGAAUCCUGUUUGGAACUACAACGGUAUUUAUUCGACUCAUCUAUUUACUCAACGGGCUCAGGACAUUUUACGUCAACACAGUCAGAACUCUAAUCAGCCGUUCUUCCUGUAUCUGCCGUUCCAAGCUGUUCACUCACCCUUGGAAGUACCAGAGCAGUACAUGAUUCCAUAUUGGCACAUCCAAGACAAAUUUAGGAGGAUUUAUGCUGGGAUGGUGGCGUGUAUGGAUGAAGGGAUUGGUAACAUCACCCAGACGAUGGACCAAUUAGGACUCUGGAAAGACACAGUGCUCAUCUUUUCAACAGAUAAUGGAGGACAAAUUUACUUGGGCGGCAACAAUUGGCCCCUUCGUGGGUGGAAAGAAAGUCUGUGGGAAGGCGGAACACACAAAGUAUCCCUCUUUGAGCAACGUAGCAGUACUAGUCCUAUCUGUGCCAGCUUUGAGUGCUCCGGUUGA